AUGUCCGAGGAUCUGCUCGUGCGCGUGACUUCCUCUCCCCCAAACACCUUUUAUAUCUCCCCUCUUGCACAUUUUCCCCUGCCUCCCGAGGCUUCCUUAACCGUGUUAUCCUCCCACCUUUUCCCAAACUGCCCCCCACUUGCCCUUCCUCCGCUUCCCCCCUCUCUCCCCUUCUCCCCCCUGGCUGUCCCUUCAUGCUCCCUCAACUCUCCUUCCUCUUUUCCCUCACCCCCUCCUCUUCCCCCUCUCCCCCCCCUCUCAUUCCAUCUAACCACAAGCCCUAGGGGGGGGCUACCCAGUGGGAGGUAUCCCUUUCUCGCCACUCUCCCGGCGCCAGCCGAGGGAAAGGCAGGUCCGGGCCGGGCAGGUCUGGGAGGGCUUUCCGAGGCGCAAGGCCUGGGUCGGCCGAAGGAGGAGAGAAGAGCAGGGGGGGUCGGAGGAGGAGAAAGUGUGGGGGAAGGGGGAGGGGGGGAUGAUGGGUUGAGAAUAGCGUGGCAGUAUAAGCACUUGGUUCCCCAGUUUACUGGAGUGGGAUCAGGAGGGGCAGUAGGUGCGUCUGUACCGUACUGCACCGAGUUUGACCUCCGCACACCGCUGUCCCGGCCGUCGCUAAGGCAUGCGCAACAGCUGUGCACGUGUGUACCCAUGGGGGUAGAUGCUCUAAGGGCCGGGAUAGAGGGCAGCUGCACACAGCAAGAGCCGCAGAAUGGGGACUCUGGGCCAACUUCAGGAGAUGCUGCUCCCCCUGCACCCGGGGGGUCUUCAGGAGCUGGCUUAGGGGGCGUGGGAAGAGGAGGAGGAGGAGGAAGAGGAGGUGGCGGGGGAGGGGGAGAUGUUGGAGGAAGGGUGGGUCGCAUUGGUGUGCAUUCUCUGGGAGCUCCUCCCUCUUUGCUGCUAUCAGGGAAUGAUGCGCAGUCCUGGCAGGUGCUCGCAUGGCUGCAGUGGCUGAAGGGCAGCGUUCAAACUUUGCCCGUUACAGUCCUCGUCACAGUUCCUAGAGAUGAAGGAGUUAUACCUCCACACGUGCUGCUGAGACUGCAGCAUGCAGCAGACGUGGUGCUGGCGAUGGAAGCACUGGAAGAGGACAAUGCAGAGCUGGCCAGUGGGAUCUCGGACUACAAGGACACUCUGGGUCUCAUUCGCAUCCGCAAGGUCUCCGUGCAAAACUCCCUGGUGCCUCGCAUGCCAGCUGUGACCACUCUGGUGCUCAGAGCAGUGAACAGGAAGCGACAGAUAGUGGUGGAGGAAGCACACCCACCCCCCAUCGAUGCCACAGGGGGAGCAGCAGGUCCAAGCAGUGGGGGAGGCUCGGUUGGAUGUGGUACCUCAGGCGGGGGAAGCAAUGCUUUGGAUUUCUGA